AUGUUUGCAACAGAUGAACACGAACAAAUGUCAAUUUCUCAUCUAAAUGACAAUCAGAUUGCUUUUCUUACAUACAAUUUAUUCAUUGAUAUCUUGCCAAAAGCACCAUCAUUAGAAUUUAAAUUAGAAGAUCUUGAAAACAUAUGUGGUGUUUUAUUUGAGAACAAAGGAAAAGAACCUGCACUUUAUAUCAGUCAAUUACAUGAAGGUAGUGAUAUAACGAAAAAUACUGUUCAAGAUCCAGAAUUUUCACAAAUUGUUCUAAGACUUCAUCAACGAUCUCAGCAAGCCAAAGCUUAUUUUGAAUAUUUACUGGACAAGCUUCCACCAGAGCACACAGAUCGAUCCUCUAUCUAUAACAAUAUGGCAUUAAUAUAUGCUAUGCAGAAUGAGAAAACAAAAGCAGAGAAAACAUAUGAUGAAGCCUUAAAAUUCGCUCAAUCUGUUAAAUCUGAUUCAGCAGUUAUUGAAUAUAAAGAUCAAACUUGCAUUAUAAAUCCAACAGCAAAUGUUACUUUACCAAAAACUAAUAUUGAUCGUUCAACAGCGCUAGGAAAUAUUGCUGACAUAUAUUACCAUAAAGGUGACUACAAAUCAGCUGUUGAACACUAUAGACAAGCGCUAGAAUCAUCCACUGAUUUACGGUGUCGUUCCUACUUCCAGCAGAUGAUUGAAACUUUACGAAAAUCCAUAUAA